AGCUUCGCAGCCGGCUUUGUACUCUGCCUUCUGCUCGUGCCGCUGCAGAUGCGCUUCUCGCGUCGCUUCGGUGCGAUUCGGCGCAGCGUCGCCGCGCACAGCGACCGGCGCGUCAAGCUCAUCUCUCAGGUCAUCACCGGCGCUCGGCUCGUCAAGGUCUGCGCGUGGGAGCACGCGAUGGACGAGAUGAUUGGCCGCGCACGCGCGGAGGAGGUGAGGGGCGUGCAGAGGGCCAACCGGCUUCGCGCGGCCAACGAGUCCAUAUAUUUCGUCGCGCCGCUGCUGCAGGGCUUCUGCACCUUUGCGUUGCACGUGUGGCGCGGGAAGGCGCUCACGCCCUCGAUGGUGGUCACCACACUCGUGCUCUUCAACACGCUGCAGCUGCACCUCACCAAGUUCCUCGCGCUCGGGAUCGAGUUCGGCAGCCAAGCCGCCGUCGGGGCGAGACGCAUCCAGGUGCAGACCUCCGUCCAUUCGCUGCGCGCGAGCUGGUCUAACGCCGCCGCCCCGACCGCCGCCCCCGCCGCCUCCGCGGCCUCUGCUCCCACUGUCGACGGCGUCAGCCUCUCGGCCGCGCCGGGCGAGCUUUUGAUCGUCGUCGGGGCGGUUGGCGCAGGGAAGAGCUCGCUGCUCCUCUCGCUCCUCGGCGAGCUACCGGGCGUCGAGGGCACGUCCCUGACACGUCCACGACGCCCGUGGGUGCUGAGCGGCACGCUGCGCGAGAACAUCACGCUGCGCGCCCCGCGGUUCGACGGCGCGCGGUACGCGGCCGUCGUGCGCGCGUGCAUGCUCGAGGACGACAUCGCGCGGAUGCCGUUUGGCGACGCGACUGUGGUGGGCGAGAGGGGCAUCGCGCUCAGCGGCGGGCAGCGCGCCCGCCUUGGGCUGGCGAGGAUGGCGUAUCGCCGUGCUGACGCGUACUUGAUCGACGACCCGCUGUCGGCGGUGGACCCUCACGUCGGCGCGCAGGUCUUUGAGCGGCUCAUCUGCGGCGUGCUCAAGGGGUCGCUGCGGCUGCUCGUGACGCACCAGAUGCAGUACCUCGCCCACGCGGCCGUCAGCCGCGUGAUUGUGCUGCGGUCAGGGGCGGUGGUGGCGGACGCCCCCUUAGCGGCGCUCAACCCGGCGCUGCCUGAGCUCGACGGCAUCCGAGAGGCAGCCUCGCACGCGGCAGCGGCCGAGCCGGCGGCUGCAAUGGAGCGACGCCAGCGAGGAGGCGACCGCCAUGGUGAGGGCCUUGAGGACGCGUCCAUCCUGGUGGUGAGCGAGGAGCGCGAGGUUGGCAGCGUGACGUGGCGCACGUACAGGACGUGGGCCGGCGCCGCCGGGUGGCGGGCGGCGCUUCCUGCGGUCUGUCUGAUGGUGGGCGGCCAGGCGUGCGCGACGGCGAGCCUGCUCUACCUGCCGUACUGGGGCUCGCUGCCCGCUGAAGAGCAAGCUGCACCGCGCCACAGCUGGCUAUGCGCGGGCCUGCUGCUCGCCGCCGUCCUCUUUGCCGUCGUCCGCUCACAGCUCUUCUUCCACAUCGCCGUGACCGCCUCCGACAAGCUGCACCGGUGCGCGCUACAGCGCCUCCUUCGCGCGCCGAUGGUCUUUUACGACUCGAACCCGAGCGGCCGGCUGCUCAACCGCUUCUCAAAGGACAUCGACUUUUGCGACUCGAUGCUCCCGCAGACCUUCCACGACACGAUGCAGUGCGUGCUGAUGGUGACCGCGUCGGUCGGGCUCUGCAUCGCCCUGGCGCCAGGAGGCACGCACUCGGCUGCACUCGGCGGUGUCUGGUUGCACUCGGUUGCACUCGGCUGCAGGUUGCGGCGCUUCUACCUGUUGGGCGCGCGCGAGAUCAAGCGCCUCGACGCCGUCUCGCGCUCGCCCAUGUUCGCCCUCCUCUCCGAGUGCCUCGGCGGCCUCGCCACCAUCCGCGCCUUCCGCAUCGAGCGUGACCUGCUUGCGCGCUUCCACACGCUCCACGAUGCCAACUCGCGCGCAUUCUUCCACUUUGUGGCGGGCGGCCGCUGGCUCGGCUUCCGCCUCGACAUGAUGAGCUUCGCGUUGCUGGCGACGUCCUGCUUCGCCGCGGUGCUCUCGAAGGCCUACGGCCUCGCGGUCAGCGACAACGCGGGCUUGGUGGGCGCGGCGCUCUUGUACGUCAUUCAGUUGGCGGGCCUCUUCCAGUGGGCGCAAACCCGUCUCGCCACGCAGAUGGUCUCCGUCGAGCGCCUCGCGGCGUACCACUCGCUGCCGCAGGAGGCUGCGCUCGUGACGGACGCGCCGCCGCCGCCCGAGUGGCCUCAUGCUGGCGAGAUUAUUGCGCACAGCGUGAGUAUGCGGUACCGGCAGGGCUUGCCGCUGGCACUGCGGCAGGUCAGCUUUCACAUUCCUGCGUGCUCCCUGGUGGGCGUCGUCGGCCGGACGGGUGCGGGCAAGUCGUCGCUCCUAGCCGCCCUCUUCCGGCUGGCGGAGCCGCACGAGGGCUACCUCGAGAUAGACGGCGUCCGCACCGACCGGCUCGGGCUGCACGAGCUGCGGCCUCGGCUGGCGCUCAUCAUGCAGCAGCCGCUGCUCUUCUCGGGCAGCCUGCGGCAGAACCUCGACCCGCUUGGCGAGCACGACGAUCGGGCGAUGUGGGCGGCGCUGCGCAAUGCGAGCGUCGAGGCAGUCGUGCGGUCGCUGCCCGAGCAGCUCGACGCCAACGUCGUCGACAACGGCGGCAACUUCUCGCAGGGAGAACGACAGUGCCUCUGCCUCGCGCGGGCGCUUCUCGCGCGGACCUCCGUCCUCAUCAUGGACGAGGCGACUGCGAGCGUGGACAACGCUACCGACGCGCUCAUCCAGUCGGCCGUGCGGCGACAUUUCGCGGGGACGGUCCUCAUGAUUGCGCACCGCCUCCUCACGAUCCGCGACGCGACGCAGCUGCUGCUCAUGUCGGGCGGCGCGCUCGUGCAGGCGGGCCCACCCGAGGCGCUGCUG